GCAAACGAAGAUGGACAUGAUUCUUCUGCUCAUCAUGGCGACAUCAGAGCUGUGUGCUGCCUCUUCACACGGUCAGCAUCACUACCAUUUUGUUUAUGAACUGAAGACCAUGACUGACGCGCUGAGUUACUGCAGAGAAAAGUACAUCGACUUGGCCACCGUAGACAACAUGGACGACGUGAAUAUCCUGGUCAACAUGGCAGCGUCACACAAGGCGGCCACGCCUGGAUACAAAGAUCGAGUCUGGAUAGGACUGUAUGACGACACCAGCAGCUGGAGGUGGUCUCUGACAGACGAAAUUUUCUACAAAGGCGUGAAGUUCCAGAACUGGAAUCAUUUCCAGCCCGAUAACCUCAAGGCUGCAGAAUACUGUGUUGGCAUGUAUGAUUUUGGAGGCUGGUUCGAUUACUAUUGUGACAACUCCCUCCCAGCAUUCUGCGUUGAUAUCACAGGGCCAAAUGUGACAUUUGUCCUCACCAGCGAUAACAUGACCUGGUCUGAGUCCCAGAGCUACUGCAGGGCUCACCACACAGACCUCGCCACUGUGAGAAACAUGGCAGAGAACCAGAAGAUGGCGGAGCUGCUGUCUGAGUCUGGAGGAGACAAAGUCUGGAUCGGCCUUUUCAGAGAGUCCUGGAAGUGGUCAGAUGGAAGUACCUCCUCGUUCAGGUACUGGAGACAGGAAGGAGGGGAGCCUAACAACAUUUCGGGGAAGGAGGCUUGUGUGGUGGCAGAGUUCAGCCUCGGUGGAAAAUGGGCGGACAUAGACUGUGAUGUGAAGAUACCGUUCCUUUGCACUGUCGUGCCAGUUUCAAAGCAAGUGAUGAAGGUGAGGUUGAUGAAGAUGGGCUCCUCUCUGGAUCUGAAUGACCCUGCUGUGAUGGAGGACAUCCUGAAGCAGCUCAAACAAAGGCUGAAGGAUGAGGGUGUGAAUGAAGACGUCAGCCUGAGCUGGAGGAAGCAGCUGGACGGACAGAUCUUCCACAAGGAGGAGGAGGAGGAGGAGACUAAGACGAAGAGCAACUGUCCAACAAUAGAUGAGCUUUAAUCUUGUUCAAAAUUUUCUCUGUUUUCAUCACAGAUUUGCUUCCUUUAUCCUAAAACAGAAAAGUAGUUUGUAAAGGAAUAUUUUGCUGUUGUCGUUCUGUAAUUUCUAUCAUCACCUUAAUUAUCCAAAUAAUUAUCACAUGUGAUAUUUCUGAGCUUCACCAACAUCAGGACUGAGGACUCUUUGUCUUUUAAAUGCUUGUGGUUGCAGAAGUGAAGCUUUACAUGAG